ACGUAACCCUAGGGCUGCCCGCACAUACGGCCGCCGCCAGCCGGUACGAUUGUACGUCGCGCUCUCCUCCGCUCGCGGUCCACAUCUACGCAGAUCCCGCGGCAGGUGAGACGGGGCCGUGCUGGCCCCGACUGCUAACGCGGUAUUGAUCGCAUCCCGUCUCGUUCCAAUGUUUAUAAACAGCCGGCCGCGUACAUACUCAUCUUGUUUUUGAUACGAACACUGUUUGAAAACAAAACGGGACGGUCCCGAAUGCACCGGCGGCGAGUCGGCGACGCAAAGGACUCUGUCCACAUUUGAAGAAAAACACCGUCGCCGACCGCAAAACUGAGAAUGUAGGUAGUGAUUGAAAUUCGAAGACUGAAAUUUCGCUGUGAAAUAGACUAUAGACGUGAAACGCCAAAGUUUUUGUGUUUUUGGACAAUGAUAACCAAGUAACUGCUAGUGUGAUCUGUGACGAUGUUGUCUUACAUGGUGCCGGUGGAAGAAAAGCCCCCUCCAGUUCCUGGGAAGGGCCGGUUGGCCCUGGAGUUGGUGGGGAGCCCUGGGAGCCCCGAGGCGGCCGUUAGGAGGACCAGGACGAAUAUCUCUAAGGAAUCGUCUACCAGUUCGUUCGCCAGCGACCUGACGAUAUCAUCUUCGACCCCCACCGGGGCAUUGGACAAACCCAAGCAUAAACUGCUGAGCAAUGGCUCAAAACACACCUCGCUGAAAAGGGUGUCAUUCGGCAGUUCCAAAGGCUCCAUGGUGGAGACACUCAUCUACGAGAGCCCCCUACAGGAGGAGCCCGAGGGAAGCCCUCCACCUAAGGUGCAGGAGACUUCAUUCCCGUACGCGCCGCCCGUCGAAGACGACUCGGAGCGUGCGAAAGUCCGCGUGUCUUUCUACCAGGGGGCGCAGCCUCAGUGCGUGUCGCCGCCGCCCGCCGCCGAGGAGUCCCACGUUCACUACGCGGCCCUGCUCUCAGCUGCCGCUAACGCCGACAUGACUGACCACGUCAUGUAUAACAGGCAGAUAAGCACGGAAAGCGGUUGGGACAACCCCUUCCGUCCCGACGGCGACUUGAGUCGCGAAGCUGACGAGAUAGUCUCCCUGAUCAAGGGUGGGAAACCCAUCACCCCCACGCCCCCCGCGGCCGCCCCCCAGCUGCCGGCCGACGAAGAGGUGGAGAAGUCUCAUGCGAAUAAUGUCAACGCAUCUCCUACUUCGCCGCAGACCAAAGUCGGCAGCCCGGUUCAGAGCACGCCCAAAGCCAUGAACGGCACCAAGAACGGCGGCGCGGUUCCCGAAGCCCGACCUGGGCAGGUGGAGGUCCACCGCACGCUGCCCCCGGAGCCCCAGCAGCCGGAACACGUCACCAUCAAGAAGAAGCCGAAAUGCAAGUGCUGCGUUAUACAGUAAUCAAUUUAAAUGUGUUUAGUGUUGCCCGGUUAUCGAUAGAACGAUGUCGAUAGAUUUGGAUAGAUAAUGCAGUUGUUAAACUCGUCGAAAAGUGUUGUAUUCGCGAACGUUGAAAAGGCAUAUGGUUCGUUCUUAUCUCUUCGUGUCUAGGGUUAAAUGAUGGGUUAAAAAGGAUAAGUUGAGAUAUAUACGUUCGUUCGUGACUAUAGCCCCUCUUUUUGCAUAAUGCUACAUAUUGAAACAUAAAUAUAAAGAUAGAAUGAAAAUGUUACCGACCUACGUGGAGAUUUUAUGUCAAUUUGCCAAAACAUUCGUAUAUUGGCGUCGAAUACAUCUGGUGUACGCCUUAUUAUAUGGAUUUAUGAAUGUAUGAUGUAAUUUGGGAAAAAGAGGCCCGGACUCUUUCCUAAUGUUGAAAAAUCUGGAUAAAAUGCAAGGGGAACGGUAGCCAAAUCAUUUGCUAUUGGAAUUUUUACUACUCCACCGCAAAUAAUGAUAGCUAUCAAAAUGUACGUUUUUUCUAUCGAUAUCUAAUGGCAACACUACAGACCAAUGACCACAGACAUACAUCUGAUUAGAUACCGCACCUUCACCUAAAUAAACUUAUUACAUCACAUUACUAUUUUAACUAAUUGAUCGAGGAUAUUAGUAUUCGAUCGCAUUCGAAAUAAGAAAUCACGCUACAGUCUCAUUAACCUAAUUAAUCGCUAAUAGAUCAAUCAAUUUUGAUUAAUUUUUGUUAGUUGUUGUGUAUCUACAUCACAGCGAUAAGAGGCGGUCAACGAGAGAGAUUGUAAGAUAAUUUAUGUUGUAUUAUUUGUCAAUUCACAAUGAUUUUAACAUGGUGCAAUUAUUUUAUUCAAUCAUACCUAGUGAAGUGAAUUCUCUCCUCAUAUUAACGUGUACUCAGAUACACGUAAUUAUACAUUUAAUAUCAAAUUAAUAUCGCUUGAGCUUUACCGUAACAAUAGUUAUUCUCGUGGUAAAUAUAAACGUUUGUUGCGUCCUUCGUGUGGUAUCUAUCGAGUUGUAUGUCUGCGCCAACACCAGUAACACUCACGCUUCAUCAACAAUUUUCCCCCACUCGGUGUUUACUCGGUGCUAUUUCGUUUCAAGCUAUCUCACACGUCUAUGUGUUCAAACAAGUCUGGCCCUUUAUCGCUUUGUCGGAUUUUUAAACUUAUAAUGACCACACGGCAGUUUUUUCUCUACCUGUUUAUUAUUAUUUUUUUUUUAAAUAUUAAUAUAUAAGAUCGUUUUUGAUUUAUUUUAUGUCUAGGUUUUAAACUUUAGGGUACAAACUUGAGUAUUUAUGUUUAGCUAGUCUGAAUGAUUACGUUGACGGUUUAGUAUUUCACGAGAUAUGAGAAUUUUGCAUGUGAUUUUUUUUUUGUUUUAAAUAAUAAAAUAAAAAUAUUUCUUGAUCGUAAAAUUCGACUAGAAUCUCAGCCCGCUUUAAUCUAUGACCGCUUUGAGUGACACGACGCGACUACGACACUGGAUUGUCGCGGAAAUGCGUAGUGGGGCUUGUUCCAUAGAUUUUCAUACAAGACAACGUGACGCUCAACGCGUUCAGAGACUAGCCUCGAGCGCGGCGCUAUUUAUCGAAGUUCUAAUUAUAUCAAAUUUUACAAUUAUUGCGACAAAAUAAAAUGAAUAUACAUAUAUACCAAUUCUGCUCAUUUUAAUCAAUCGACGUUAUGUCAGCGACAUAGAUUUGGAAUCGUAUAGUAAUUUAUUUAAUAAAUGUUCGUUUUAUAGUUGAAUCAGUGUUGAGUAAUAUUUAAUCGAGCAUAAUUUAAAUGUAUAUUUUUAUAUGUUUAUUUAUAUUAAAAAAAAAGUAUUAUAAAUCCUACAGAAUUGCUAUCCGACUAUUGGUUUAUCAGAUGAUCUGUGGAGCUGUUUUCGUAGGCCUUAGCUUAAUUUGUUACAUAUUUGUCAAUCGAUAUAAUUAUAUUGCGAUCAAAUCGGGAAAAGAAUUGAGUGCCUAGUGAUUUGUUUAUUUUAUAACUUUGUACUAUUUUCUUGUUACUGUGUAAAUUUCUAUGCAAUAAAGAUAUUACAAACAAACAAACAAACAGAAUUGUCAGACAGAAUUUGUAUUUUUACAAAUACACAUCAAAUCGGAGAUGUUCUGGCAACAGGUCAGUUCAAGAGCACCCGAAAUCGACUAGUUUGCAUAAAGAGAGUUAUUAAUGUGGAUGAAGCGAAAGAUGCAGUAUGCAGGUAUCGUGGCAAAGAUGUGGUCUCUGCCUACCCCUCCGGGAGAGGCGUAAUUUUAUGUAUGUAUGUUUGUACUAUACACGUAAAAUACAUUUGGGAUACAACUCUAUUGCAAUGGGAGUAAUCACAUGAGAAUUAACACUAGAAUUACAGAAAAGAGAAUAUUUAUAAGUAAAGGUGAAUACGAUAAUUACAAACGGUGAAUGUGUUCGAGUUGUAUAUGUUCAGAUAUUACACACAAUCGCUUAUAUUUUUCCUGGUUUGAACGUAAUAUAAUAUUUUUUUAAUUAAGGUCUAUGUCGUGUAUUAGAUCUAAGUAUAAAUAUGUUUGUGCUGUUUUAAUUUUGUUAUACGCCCGAUUGGAAGCUGCUCCGCAGAUAAACGAUAGAAUUACGAAUUAAUGUUAAACUAUUGUUAGUUUUCUCAUAGUACCCUACAUUUUUCACGCUUGCGUCCGCACGCAAUUGAGAUUUUUUUUUACGUUACCAGAUGUCGCCACUAAGGCGAAUCAAGUCGCUUUGCUAUUGGCCAAAGAUUUGACAUUUUUGAUAUGUCGUCAAAUCAAUAUGACAUCUAGCGCGAUCUGGUAGCAGAAAUAAAAACCUCAUUUGUAUUUUCAAUGAUUGUAAGAUGCCACUAGCCAUUUCGCGCCGGUUUGAAUUGCGCCUAUUUUUAUUUACUUUUUAUCAUCGUAAGACUGUGUUUCGUUUUGACUAUAAAUUGUAAGUUAUGGGUUUAAUAUAUUUUAGUGAGGCGUAGAAGUGGCCAGUGGCAUUCUGUUCUAUUUUUGAAUUUGGUGAUUGUUUGAAAACUGAGGGAAUGAUUAUCGUUUAAAAAUAGAUUGUCAUAGAUAUCGAACGAGUUUUUUAAAGUUGGAAUAGUCACCAAAUUUGAAAAUCGCACCCUAGUAGUUCUGAAUACUACAGCGCAAUGCUGGUAGGAUGGCGGCAGCUAGUAUCUGUGUUACUGUGACUACAAUUUUUCUUUAUGUUAGAAAUAGUUAUCAAUAAAAUUAUUUAGAAAUACUAUGAAAGUAUUUUUGCUUCAAUUCCAAUUCUAUAACAUAGUGUACUCAUUACGUAGAAGGCAACUUGAAGCGAAUUUAUGAUUGUCAUGGCUAAGAUCGUGUGUAAAGACGGCUAAGAGGUAGUUCCCUUCUGGAAGGAAUAGAGAACUAGAUAGUUAAGAAAUAUGAUAGGUAGUGAUUUUGAUUUGUUGUCUAAAUUAUUUUUUCUAGUAGGUUUUGUAAUGCGCGGGAUACGUGGGAGUAUCGGGGCGACUAAAACGAUUAUGAGAAAUUACAAGCACCAUUUCGCUAUACAAAUUUACCGAAGAUAACAUAGAGCCAUCAUCAGAGUAUUGUGACUUUGAUUUUUGGAUUUAUAGAUACUGAGAAUAUAACUUGGACAUAGCAGACACAGACAAUGUUAUGUAAUUGAUCCACAGAAAAAAUAAACUUUGUAUAGAGAAAUUGUUGGCUGAACUAUAAUGACGCCUGCAGCGAGAAUGUAAAGUACUUGUCUUAUAAAAGAAAUGUUAAAAAUAUCUUUGCGAAUGCCAAGAGUCGAUUCUAUAAAUUACAAAUUGUUGUCAAAUGUCAAACUGUAUAUAUAAAUAAUAGCUUGGCUUGGUGUAUAGUAUAUUUCAACUUUGCGAUAUGCUUUUAAUUGGAUUCGUAGCGAGUACUCGGAAUUCAAAUUGAAAUUGUAUUAGUAAUAAUUCUGUGUUAAUUCAGACUAUGAUGACGCCUCUUUUUGAUUUGUUCAAUCGUCAUUUUAAAUAGUAAGGAAUAUUUUCUCAUUGCCUAUUGAUUUAAUCGAUACAUUUACAGCAUGUAACCAUGCACUAAUAUUUCCUUGUUGCGCGGCUGUUACAUGCAAACGUUCGUGUAAUGGCUCGGCGCCCUAUGACUUUUUUAUUUAUUGGCUUCAAGAACUAUUUAUUGGCUUCAAGAACUAUUUAUUGGCUUCAAUAACUAUUAAUUGGCUUCAAAAACUAUUUAUUGGCUUCAAAAACUAUUUAUUGGCUUCAAGAACAGAACCUGCUACGAAUCCCUGUAGGUCCACACAAGCCAGCGAAGCGGCAUUGUUGUUAGCACGUCUACGAGGCAAAUCUAGAUCAUUUGCAGUAGUGUUUAGACCUUUAAGCGAGCGUCCACUUACUAUCAGAUAGUUACAUUUUAAGGAAGGCUUUGUAACGUUUUUGACAGUUUAAUUUUUAUCCUAUCUGCAUAAUAGAACCUGAUUCUUUUGAAGAUUUAAGUUCAAAUACUUGUGAGUACUCGGCUGUAGGUAUUUUGUAAUUCAUUAGAGCGCUUUUAACAUCAUGUAACAGUUUGGCAAAAAGGGUGAUAGGAUAAACGAUUAUAAAAAAAGAAAACCCAUGCGAAGCAUUUAAACGAACACGUGCAAUUAUUAUAAUAACUAUUAUUUAUUUUUAUCGUGACAUCAUCAUCACGCGGCUGAAACAGACCCUUUUAUAAACACCCUUUUUGAAAAACUGUUUUUUUUAUUAUUUGACUUUUCAAAAAUUUAUAUUUAUUUUGGGCACAAGUAUUGGUCCGAAUAAUUCCUAUUUAUUAUAAUGUCAUUGUAGUAAUAAAAUCAAGGGGUCAUCGCUCGCUGUUUUAUAUAUUUGGUUCUUGUUUUCUUUGUUCACGAACAUAUUUUAUUUCUUUUAAAAACUAACUGCUCUUACCCAUGAUAAUAUUACUUCAAUCGAAUGUAUGUAAUUAUGUAAAAUAUGUAUGU